CAGCUCAGCGCGCAGGCGCGGCCGGAUUCCGGGCAGUGACGCGGCCGCGGGCGGGCGCGCGCGUCGCAUUUCCGCCUCUGGCGAAUGGCUCCGCUGUAGCGCGCGCCGCGGGCACCGCUGCGACCCCGGCCCCGCCUCCGGGACCCCGGCCAUGGACGACUUGUUUCCCCUCAUCUUCCCCCCAGAGCCAGUCCAGGCUUCUGGCCCCUAUGUGGAGAUCAUCGAGCAGCCCAAGCAGCGGGGCAUGAGGUUCCGCUACAAGUGCGAGGGCCGCUCCGCAGGCAGCAUCCCAGGCGAAAGGAGCACAGAUACCACCAAGACCCAUCCCACUAUCAAGAUCAAUGGCUACACAGGACCAGGGACCGUUCGCAUCUCCCUGGUCACCAAGGACCCCCCUCACCGGCCUCACCCUCAUGAGCUCGUGGGGAAGGACUGCCGGGAUGGCUUCUAUGAGGCUGAGCUCUGUCCGGACCGCUGCAUCCACAGCUUCCAGAACCUGGGGAUUCAGUGUGUGAAGAAGCGAGACCUGGAACAGGCGAUCAACCAGCGCAUCCAGACCAACAACAAUCCCUUCCAAGUUCCCAUAGAAGAGCAGCGAGGGGACUACGACCUGAAUGCUGUGCGGCUCUGCUUCCAGGUGACAGUGCGGGACCAGUCAGGCAGGCCCCUCCGCCUGCCACCUGUCCUCUCUCAUCCCAUCUUUGACAACCGCGCCCCCAACACAGCUGAGCUCAAGAUCUGCAGAGUGAACCGGAACUCUGGGAGCUGCCUUGGUGGGGAUGAGAUCUUCCUGCUUUGCGACAAAGUGCAGAAAGAGGACAUCGAAGUGUAUUUCACGGGCCCAGGCUGGGAGGCCAGGGGCUCAUUCUCUCAAGCUGACGUGCACCGGCAAGUGGCCAUUGUGUUCCGGACGCCUCCCUAUGCUGACCCCAGCCUACAGGCCCCUGUGCGCGUCUCCAUGCAGCUGCGGCGGCCCUCUGACCGGGAGCUCAGCGAACCCAUGGAGUUCCAGUACCUUCCAGACACAGAUGAUCGUCACCGGAUUGAGGAGAAGCGCAAAAGGACAUAUGAGACCUUCAAGAGCAUCAUGAAGAAGAGUCCUUUCAAUGGACCCACUGAUCCCCGGCCUCCUCCUCGACGCAUUGCUGUGCCUUCUCGCAGCUCAGCUGCUGUGUCCAAGCCAGCCCCCCAGACCUAUACCUUUCCACCAUCCCUCAGUACCAUCAACUUCGAAGAGUUUCCCCCGAUGGUCUUACCUUCCGGGCAGAUCCCAAGCCAGGCUUCAGCCUUACCAGCCCCUGCCUCUGUCCUAUCCCAGAACCUGGUCCCUGCCCCAGCCGUGGCACCAGCUCUGGCCCAGACCCCAACCCCUGUUCCAGUCUUACCCCCAUGCCCUCCCCAGGCUGUGGCCCCAUCUGCCCCAAAGACCACUCAGACCGGGGAGGGCACACUUUCAGAGGCCCUGCUGCACCUCCAGUUCGAUGCCGAUGAAGACCUGGGGGCCCUGCUUGGCAACAGUGCGGACCCUGCUGUGUUCACAGACCUGGCGUCCGUUGACAACUCGGAAUUUCAGCAGCUGCUGAACCAAGGUGUAUCCAUGCCCCCCCCCACCACCGAGCCCAUGCUGAUGGAGUACCCUGAGGCCAUAACUCGCCUGGUGACAGGGUCCCAGCGGCCCCCUGACCCAGCUCCCAGCUCCCUGGGGGCUUCAGGGCUCUCCAAUGGCCUCUCGGUGGAUGAAGACUUCUCUUCCAUUGCGGACAUGGACUUCUCAGCCCUUCUCAGUCAGAUCAGCUCUUAAGUGGGCGACACCAGCCUUGCCCAGAGCAUCAGGUUGCAAGGGAUUGAAUCUCUCUCAAAGCACUUAUGGAUUCUGAGUGGCACGCUCCAGCUGUCCCCAACUUCCUUGGGUGAUGUUUUUCUGGGGAGCACAUUUUACUCUUUCAUUGGCAGUAUCUAUGUCUCUUUUUGGAGGUGCUUAAGCGAAGCAUUAACUUCUCUGGAAGUGGGGAGCUGGGAGGACUCAGACUCUUCUAUCCUGAUGCUCAGCUCCCUUCUCUGUAGGGAUCUCUGGGUGCCCUCAUCCCCUUUCUCCAGCUUCUAGCACUCUAGAGAGAGGGACAGGCUGGAACCAUGGCCUCUGAGGCCAAAGCCUUACUAUCAAGUGUCUUCCUUCUGUCACAGGUUAACAUAUACCUUGAUAUAAAUCAUGACCCUAUGGCCAACCCCUCCAUGGUGCUGCCACCUGUCACAAGAUCUCUGCCAGCUUGCUCUUUGCUCAGCUGUGGCUGAAGGGAAGGUGUGGAAUCAAACUGGCCCUCUCCAUUCACCUGAGGGAAUUUGGCCUGAACUUCCCUGCUCCCCCUUUUCUCAAGUGCCUUAAUAGUGGAGUGAGUAGGUGGGAGAGGGCAGGCUGGACGCUCUCCAAUUAAGAGGCACAGUUUUCAAAAGAGCUUGACUCUUGCUCUUUCCACUCUGAACUAAUAAAUGUGUUACAAUCUG